AGCAGUAUGAAAUGGUUCUGUGUCACACAGUGCCUGCAUUAUUUUGGAGCAAAAUCCGACACAAUUCCUUGUUGGAAAACCUUCUGUGUAGCUUCAAAUUAUUUACGAAACACAGCUAACCUGGCUGAGUAAAACGAUUGAGGUUAUGUUGACAAACGUAUCGAACUUUGAUUUCGUGAAUUUUUGUGUUUAUUGACUCGAGUUCCUAUAACAAUCAAUUACUUUUGUGUUGAAAUGAACUCUGGAAUUGCGUACUAAAUAGAUUUAGUCAUUAAAGACAGUAUUUUGCGGAUUUUGGUGAUGUUUCCGUUUUAGGUUAUUAAUUGUUGUGGUUGUGAUUUUGACUGAGAUUUUUCAAGAUUUUUCGCAAAAGGAAAGUGUUGUGUGCGGCCAUGGCGAACCGAGUGACAGGAACCUGUUGUACUGCGUCGGUGGAGCGGGCUGGCUUACCAGGAUUACUAAGAGACCUCCAGCGUCUAUCGGAAGAUCAAGACUCUUCAGAUAUUGUCUUCAUCUUGGGAACAGCAGAAGAAAAAGUUUAUGCACACAAGAUCAUAUUAAUUGCAAGAUGCAAAAGUUUUCAAAACACGAAGCGCGGAGAGGUGUGCCGUAUCCCUGGAUGUACGGUUACGCCAUCUAGCAGCGGGCAGCCCACACCGAUACGAAUGCCGCACGUUCAACCAGAGACAUUUAGACUGUUCAUACAGUACGUUUACACCGGAAAGCUGCUACUUCAAGACUCAGGUGUAUUUGAAAUGAUGACCCUGGCGGCUGAUUUAGGUGUUGAAGAUCUUCGGGCAGCAUGUGAAGAUCAUGUUACUUCUACAUUGAGCGUGGAAAGCGCUUGCACACUUUUAGCAGCGGCUAUGGAAAUACAAGAUAGACCAGGCGGCAAAAGUGCUUCUUCGUUCAUGGAGCGCUGCAUCGCAUUCAUUGGGGACAACGCAGCGGACUGCGUCAAAUCCAACGCGUUCCUCAACCUACCCAAGGAGGCGUUAAUCAAACUGAUUUCAUCAGACUUUCUGUGCCUAGAGGAGGAGGAAGUAUGGCGGUGCGCCCUCGCGUGGGCCAAGCAGCGCGCCGGCGUCACGCAGCCCACCGCUCACUGGACAGAAGAGGAGCGGGCGAGGGUCUGCCAGCAUUUGGCGCCUCUGAUGCAGCACGUGCGACUGCUGCUCAUCGAUAGCGCGGUAUUCGCGGAGGAGGUCGAGCCUACUGGUGCUGUUCCCAUGGAGUUGUCAUUGGAGCGAUACCGCCGCGCCGCCCUCCACGCCGCGCCGCGCCCCGCGCCCGAUGCUAGAGCCUUGCCACGAAUGGCUGUUAACAUGUUCGCUGGAUCAUUGAUUCUGCAGCAAGAGAAGAGUGCCUUCCAAGCUGUCAUUAAUAACUGGUGCGGCACACCGAAGCAGUCGUGGCGUUUAGUAUUCCGCGCGUCGACGCACGGCUACUCGGCGCAAGCGUUCCAUUCGCACUGCGACGGCGUGUCGCCCGUAAUGGUCGUCGUGCAGCUAUCCCGCGGCGAAGUGAUAGGCGGGUACUGCGAGGCGGCGUGGGGUAGCGCGGGCGCGGGCGGGUACGUGGCGGCGCCGCGCGGGUUCCUGUUCACGCUGGGCUCCCCGCCCUCCCCGCCCUCCCCGCCCUCCCCGCCCGCGACCUACCCGCUGGUCAAGAAACCGUUCGCGCUGUGCUCGCAUCCGGAUUGCGGUCCAAUAUUCGGCGCGGGCGCAGACCUUCUGAUCUCCAACAACUGUAACACCAACAGCGACAGCUACAGCAACCUGCAUUCGUACGGAGCCGACCCCGCGCCCCCCUCCCUCGCCCCCGACUACAACUUCACAGUGCGAGACUACGAGCUGUUUACACCCAAACAUAACUGACCAGUGACCUGAAAUUAAAUCAAAAAGGGAAGAUACGGUACCCUCAAACUAGCAUCAAAUAAAAUAUGAUCCGACUCAACCACAUAAGCAACUCACACACGCACACGCCUGUAAAUAAAUAUUCAAUCGAGCGAGCGAGACAGAACUGUACACUUCAAAGCAGUGCGAGCGAGACGGCGAGUCU